GCGGCGGCGGGCGGCUGCAAGGAGCGGCCGGUGGCGGCGGCGGCGGCGGCGGCCGGUGGCGGCGGCGGCCAUGGCGGCGGCGGAGGCCGGCGGUGACGACGCCCGCUGCGUGCGGCUGAGCGCCGAGCGGGCCCGGGCGCUGCUGGCCGACGUGGACACGCUGCUGUUCGACUGCGACGGCGUGCUGUGGCGCGGCGAGACGGCCGUGCCCGGCGCGCCGGAGGCCCUGUCGGCGCUGCGGGCCCGCGGCAAGCGCCUGGGCUUCAUCACCAACAACAGCAGCAAGACCCGCGAGGCCUACGCCGACAAGCUGCGGCGCCUGGGCUUCGGCGGCCCGGCGGGGCCCGGCGCCCGCCUCGAGGUCUUCGGCACGGCCUACUGCACCGCGCUCUACCUGCGCCAGCGCCUGGCGGGCGCGCCGGCCCCCAAGGCCUACGUGCUCGGCAGCGAAGCACUGGCCGCCGAGCUGGGGGCCGUGGGCGUCGCCUGCGUGGGCGUGGGGCCCGAGCCGCUGCAGGGCGACAGCCCCGGCGCCUGGCUGGACGCGCCGCUCGAUCCCGACGUGCGCGCCGUCGUGGUGGGCUUCGACCCGCACUUCAGCUACAUGAAGCUCACCAAGGCGGUGCGCUACCUGCAGCAGCCCGGCUGCCUGCUCGUGGGCACCAACAUGGACAACCGGCUCCCGCUGGAGAACGGCCGCUUCAUCGCGGGUACCGGCUGCCUGGUCCGAGCCGUGGAGAUGGCCGCCCAGCGCCAGGCCGACAUCAUCGGGAAGCCCAGCCGCUUCAUCUUCGACUGCGUGUCCCAGGAGUACGGCAUCAACCCGGAGCGCACCGUCAUGGUGGGAGACCGCCUGGACACGGACAUCCUCCUGGGCGUCACCUGUGGCCUGAAGACCAUCCUGACCCUCACCGGCGUUUCCACACUAGGGGAUGUGAAGAGUAAUCAGGAAAGUGACUGUAUGUCUAAGAAGAAAAUGGUCCCUGACUUCUAUGUUGACAGCAUAGCUGACCUUUUGCCUGCCCUUCAAGGUUAAAGAUUUAGUGUCUUUAAUCUCCAGAAUAAAACGAAUUGAAAACCACUUACCCAAAUUAAUAGGUGGGGCUUAAGCAUCCGCUCAGCUAGGUGGCUUCAAAGAGUAUACUUGGAGUUAAGUAAAGGCACUAGUUGUUAACCUUUGAAGUAAACGCUUGGGGGGCAAUAUUGUUUACAAACGCUUCUAUUGGAAGAUGCACUUUUAAACCUGGAGGGCAUUGAGGGGGGUCCUGGGCUUCGGGUGCCAUUGACAAGGACAGGCUUAGCAUCUGUCCAGGAUUCAGGUGACCUCAGGGUGGUUACCCAGCCUGCUGAUGGGCCCCGGGCAGGUCUAGGGAUGUUCGAUGUUUCAUUGAAGAUUUCAUUCAGGGAUCAGGCCCCCCCUUCCAGGCCAAAGGGAGAGCGGUCUGAUGAUUUUGACUGUUGUGAGAAACUUGUACAAACAGAUGCACCGCCUGUUGCUGUGGUCAUCUGCCUGUGAGCCUGCUGUGGCGUCCCAGCCCCUCACCUGCAGGGUGGGAGUGGAGGACAGCGCUGCUCCCAAUGCUGUCUCCCUGUCCUUGGGGUGCAGGGUGCUGACCUCGCCACCGCCCCACACUUCCUUAAAAACCACUCUGAUGUCACAAUCAAGUGUCUGUUCCGUUUCAGAUACCCAGGGCUGCCACACCUCAUACGUGAUCACGGAGUUCUGUAAACUCAGUCCAGCUAAGCCUCAGCUUUCUCAAAUGUGCAUUUAAAUCCAGCUGAUCUGGACUGAGCACAUUGUUAGCUGAGUGACCAAGAGUAUGGAUGCCUUUGCUGAACUCUGGGCUGCUGUGCAGAGAGCUCAGAGUAGCGUUGGUACCAAAAAUUAUUUUUUUAAACUUUUGAACAACUUUUGUGAAACGGUGGAAUUGAAUCUUAAGUGUGUUAAUUAAUAGCUGUGCUCUGUCUCGUAGGGAAAAUCCCUCCGAAGAAGUCUGCGUGCCCUGCACCCAGCAGCACGGCUAAAGGCACGUGCUGGCCAAGAAAUGCCUGUCACCCUGGGCGCCCUCUGGGUGGGGCAGGAAAGAGGUGUCCCCAGGAACAGGAAAUCCUUUCACAAAACAUCCAGUCUCUUCCUGUUCUGCUCCUGAACCCUCAGUUGGGGUGGGGGUUACAUGCCAGUGGUCCUUGAGGCCACUUCUUUUGGCUCUGGAGUUCCUUGUCAGAUGCCAGUGGGAAAACUGGCAGGGUCUGUCUGCUAGCCAAGAGUUCUUGGCAGAGGGCUCUGGCCUUUUCUGCCUGUUCCCUAAAGUUGCUGACCUGAUGAGCAGACUGUCCAGCUGCACUUGGAGGGUAGGGCCUGGGAAGCUGUUCCUUUUGGCAGACUCCUUCCCAGCGCCUCACUCUGUCCCCAGUGGCAUUUGCCCACGAGCUUCUCUCCUAGCCCGAGGGGGACUCCUUCCCUCAUGCUCAAAGUUCUCAUAGCAAUAAAGGGUGUCCCGAACCCGCAGCUCUUCCCAGGCCCAGGCUGUCUGGGGUUUGGACUCUGCUGUGGGGCAUCAUGAGGGCAGCCAGCGCCUGUGAGGUUGGUGGUGCUGACGUUGGCUCUGCGAGGUCGGCUCAAGGUGGGUCUGGAUAUUGAGCAGGCCUGUCAGGGCGUUGUCACCCACACCAGGAGCACGCAGCAGGUGCAGCAAGCAGCACCACCUGUCCUGCCGGGCAGUGCCCCCGGAGCCCACGUGCACCCCACCUCUGCCCCUCGUUGCACUGUGUGAACCCAAAUGCAUAUUAAAGUCUCAAACCGCGCUAA